AUGUCAGACUCCACAUCGCCCCUACUAGCAGCAACGCACCCGCAAGAAGACGUUUCACAUGUACUUUUCAACACUUCCCUUCCAACCUCCAAUACCGCCCCUCAUACAACACCUAUCUCUCCUGCUUCUUCCUUCCACUCUACCUAUUCGUCCUCACCCACCUCUUCAUCCCUGACCUCACCGUUCUAUAAACAUCCACGCCUCGUAUCAUUUAUUAAGGGCUUUGCUUUAUAUUUUUUCUUUCCGUUUCUAUCCGGAAUGAUGAUGGGAUUUGGCGAAAUCAGUGCUAAUGAACUGGCGUUUAGAUUGGGUUGGUUUGGUACGAGAAAUGUUCCAUUAAUCGCGAGGAAUGUUGUGCCGCUUGGGCCGCAGGCUAGGAGUGGAGCUGGGUUGAAGCCGAGGAGGGGAGGAGAGAAUGCGAGCGAUGCAAACGGGAACGAUAGGAAGGGAGAGAUGGUGUAUGCAGAGAUGUCUCCUCUCGCGUGA